CAUUAAUUAAAUCUGUUGAUCUUUUCUUCUUUAUAUAUAUAUAUUUCCUACCCUUGUAGCUCUCUUCACUCUCUAACCUUGUUCUUUCUUUCUUUCUUUCUUUCUGUCUUUCUUGUUUUCCAGAAAAUCAAAAAGCAAUCUUUCUUUUUUCUCCCAAAGGUAUCCUUUAAAGAUCAUGAGGAUGAGUAUUUCAAUGCUUAAAGUUUUCUUGGUUUUGGGUGUUCUUGCAACUUCUUGCAUGGCUCAAGCACCUGGUGCAUCACCAACUCCAUCACCAAAGGCAGCACCAACUCCAUCCCCAACAGCUCCUCCAACUCCAACUCCAACUCCAUCACCAUCAACAACACCAACACCAGCUCCUGCACCUGCUCCAACUACAGCUUCUCCAUCUCCUUCACCAGUUCCCCCUCCAUCUGAGGGUCCAGCUUCACCUGCCCCUUCUCCUCCUGCACCAACACCGGAUACUGCUUCUACACCUUCUUCUGAUUCUCCUGCUCCUGCUACUCCACCUCCACCAAGUGAUAACUUUGCUGCUGCCAGGUUUGACAGAGUUAUCCUCGCAGGAACUGUCCUUGCAGGAAGUUUCUUGGCCUUUACUUUGGCUUAGAAAUGGGAUCUCAACUUUCAGUAUCAUCGGCUUAAGUAGAUCUUUGGUUUCAUUUCAUGGAAGGAGAAAGGUUGAGAUCUAGUAUUCUUGUUAUUUGUUCAUCUUUUGAUACUCGUUCCUUUUCUUUUUUUUGUUCAUUUUCUUUGGUCUUUUUCCUUUUCUCUUUUUUUCUCUCUUGUGAUUGUUGAUUAUUCUAUAUUGGAUUUGGAUGGUGGUUCUUAUUAUUUUGGGUGGCUGGGAAAGGCUGUGCUUACACGUGUACGAUCUGAUGGCGGGGACGUGGAUAAAUCAGUGUAGAAAUGGGCAUUUGUGUACAUCAAAUAAAUAGUUGAAUAAAACAGUUUGCUAUUCUUUAUAUGUUUA